CAUUCCUCAACGAUACUCACCAUGUCCCACAUCGUCAUUCUCGGAGCAGGGGUUGUGGGCCUGACGAUAGCUCUGGAGAGUCACAAACGAGGUUUCAAACCAGUCAUUAUUGCAAGAGACCUUCCUCAAGACUCUGACUCGACAGGCUUCGCUUCACCUUGGGCCGGUUGUCUUUGGCAUCCAUUCGAUCACGAAGGCACGACGCUUGGAUCUCAAUGCGACAAGGAGACGUUCCUCAAGCUUGGGGAGCUGUCCAAGGAGAUCCCGGACCUGCUCAAACGUAUCGAUGUCGUUGAUUUGUCAAAAGAUCCGUUGAACGCCAAUGAGAUGUGGUAUAAUGAGCUUGUCGGCGGGAUGCGAGAAGUUGCAGCUUCGUCCUCGAAGCCUCUACCCGGUGACUUUGCUCAUGGCCUAGAAUGGUCAACAUACAUCUGGGAUGCACCCCGGUAUAUACGCUACUUGGGCGAACAAGUCAAAUCCAAGCACAUACCCAUCUUCAAGAAGCGUCUUUCUUCUCUGGAUGAAGCGUACGACUUGGCGGCCCUGGAGUCAACCUUUGCACACAUGGACCACGUCGAUCUGGUGAUUAACGCUAUGGGUCUCGGCAGUAGAUCUCUCUUGGGCGUUGAGGAUCCUCAGGUGUACCCCGCCAAAGGCCAGACUGUCCUAGUCAAAGCGCCGGGCGUUGAGCGGUGUUAUAUGGACAUUGGGUCGAGCUUUAUCCCUGGUCCAGAUGACGAACCAUACCCUACAAUCUACAUCGUCCCCCGACCGGGUACCUCUGGCGAAGUCAUCCUUGGCGGAACGUUCCUACCCAAUGACUAUACACCGUUUCCUGAUCCUGCUCAAGCCAGAAGAAUCCUUCAAUCAGCAAUCAAGAUUGAACCAAAGUUGGUGAAGAGCUCAUCUGCCAACAAGAAUCCAACAUGGGAGGAUAUUGAAGUCAUUUCGCACAAUGUCGGAUUGAGACCUUGUCGCGAAGGUGGACCGAGAAUCGAGCUGGAGCACAGAGUCCUCGGGCAAGGCUGGCUCGGUCCAAGGGUCCAUGAGCGUCUUGUGGGCAAGAAAGUGGGCGUGGUACAUGCCUAUGGGUUUGGACCGGCUGGGUACCAGCAGAGUCUGGCUGCGGCCCGUAGAGCUCUGGAUCUCGCCGAGGACUUCUGUCAGAGUCGCAAGACACAUUGAGUGGACGAGUUAUGAUGAUGAUGCAGAUUGAGA